ACUGGAGGUUCCGAAAAACUAAUUAAAAGUGUGAAAUUGUUUACUAAAUUUAAUGACAUCGAUAAUAAUAACAGGUUUUUAUACAACACAACUGGCCAAGGAAUUGAAAAAUAUCUUAAUUACAAAGAUGUUUAUGGUUUGCGUUAUUCGCCAUCAGAAAACCCCAUCAAAAAGCAUAGCAAUGAAGAUGAAUUACUGUCAUUACAAAGCACAGCUCCUAACAUGAAUGAUAAUGAGACCAAAACAACUAAUGAAGAACUUUUGUCGAGUAGUGUUGAAAGUGAAAUCUUAGUACAAAGUGAAUCAAAUGUAGUUACAUCGUCUCAAAAUUUUGAAAACGCAAAUAGUUUCACAUUUGAGCAAAUUGAAGAGUUCACAGACGAGAGUAAAAAUCAUAUAAUGAGACCUAAUCAUAGAGUUGAAUAUGCUCUUGGGUUUUUAGCUGAAAAACUAAAGAAACUUAUUAAGUUUAGCAAAGAUAAGUCACAACCCGAAUCUGAACUUACUCCACAUCUCACAACACUUGGGAGAUUUUUGAAUCUGUUCACUUUAAUUCAGUUUGAGAAUAUUCCUUGUCUUACAGCGAAAAAGCCAUUGAGACAAUUUAGUGGAACAUGUUAUAGCGAGGCAAAUUGUUUAAAUUUAGGAGGAAUCAUAAUCGAUCGUUGUGCAAAUGAUUUUGGUGUUUGCUGUGUUUUUAAGGGCGGGUGUAACUCAGUGACUCAACAGAAUGUAACAUAUUUUGAGAGCCCAAAUUUUCCAUUAGGAUCAAGAGCAAACCUUGGAACCUGCACUUUAACACUUCUUGUUGCAAGGAACGUAAAGCAAGUUCUUGUUGAGUUUUUGUUUUUUGAACUUUUGCCACCAAUAGAUGGUAACUGUCUUGAAGAUAGAUUUGUUGUAUUAGGUCAAGCAACAAACAACAUUAUUCCUGAGAUUUGUGGAUUAGCAACUGGUCAACAUAUAUUUAUUGACGUUGAAGAUUCAGAGAGAAUUUUAUUUAAUGUUUUGACACAGACAAAAGCUGAUAGAGCAUUUAGUAUUAAAAUAACACAGCUUAAAAAUAAUCUAGCACCACAGGGAUGCCUUCAAUAUCAUACAAACAAAAACGGUAUAAUAAAAUCUUUUAAUUAUGAUGACCACUCACGGAUUCAAUUGCUUCGACGUCCAAGUUACUUUAAUAACUUGAAUUAUUCAAUAUGUAUUAAAAGGGCAGUUGGUCAUUGCAAGAUUAUUUAUACAAACGAGCUGAAAGGAAAGGAAGAUCUUUUUGAGUUAAGAAAUCUUGAUGAAAAUGGAAAUAUACUUUCAGGUGAAGGGAAUGCAGGAGCCGAGAUAUUUAGCACAAUUAACAAAGGUUAUCAAAUAAAAGUAGAUACUGAUAACGUCAUAGAACCCGAUUUCUCGCUACCUGAAAAUCUUUUCGACAAAUCAAAUAUCAAAACAAUUUACAAAAAUAAAAAUCCGAAAUAUGACCGAAUUAAAAGCAAGAUUUUAAAAAAUUUCAUACCAUGUGAUGCAAAAGAAAGAAACUACAGCGAGCUAUGGGAGGAAGUAAAUUCGUGGGUUAACAAUAACGAAAUUUAUGGGCAGUAUGAUCAGUCAAUGUGCCAGGCAUUGAAAGCCUUAGAAAAUGUAACUAUUAUAGCAGCCACAAAUUCUCACCGUGGAACACAACUUAAGCUUGAUUUACUAAUAGAGGGCAAUCAAACAGUUUUCUUUAAACCAGCUUGGUAUGAUAGGCAUCAAAUUAUCGAAGGUCCAAUAUAUUCAGGAAAAGAUCGACACAAUUCAGAAAUUAUUGCUUUUUAUUUGGGGGCUUUGCUCGAUAUUCGAUGGACGCCUAUCGCUGUUGGACGUUCCAUAAAUUUGAAGGAUGUUUGGACGGUUGGCGACAAAGAACUUCAAGAAUCGAUGCUAGUUAAGAAAAAUGAGUCCAGACUUUGUUUGUACGGGAAAUGCUACUAUUGCAAGAAAUCUGAAGUUGUUUGUGGAAACAGAACCCAUUUCAUUGAGGGAGUAAUUUUGUUUAAAAUUCCAGGACCGCUGGUUAAACAAAAAUCUCCUUGGCAACGAACAUAUAAGGAGGGAAAAAAAGCAUUAUGGCAAAAGAAAAGUGAAGAUAAUUAUUGUAACUUAGUAAAAGAAAAAUUAUCAAAUUCUCGAAUUCUGGACCUUAUUGAUGCGGCUAUUUUCGAUUUCUUAAUUCAAAAUGGUGAUCGUCAUCACUAUGAAACAAGGAUGAAUCGAGUUGUUCUGAUUGACAACGGGAAAGGUUUCGGAAACCCAUAUGAUGAUUUCAUUGAUAUUUUAGCGCCUUUGUACCAGUGUUGCAUUAUCCGAAAAACGACUUAUAGCCGAUUGUUGGUUUUCACCGGUGGAUCGUUAACGGAAAUCCUUAAACAAUUAACUAAAAAUGAUCUCCUUUAUCCAAUUUUAACUGAAAGUCAUUUUGCAGCUCUUGAAAGACGACUAUUGAUUACAUUUAGUGUUAUUGAAUUUUGCAGGAACCUUCACGGAAAUCAAAUUUUUCGCUAAUUUUAAAAUUUAUUUUAAAUAAAAGAUAUCUAAUUACCAACAUACCUACUUAUUAUCAGGAUAUAUUUUAUACCUUGAUUAUCUUUUCUUGUCGUGUUUAUUUUACGUGCUUUUUAAAAAACAAAGUUUUCAUGAUCGUCUCACUCGCUUCUCAUGAUUUUAUCACUUCAAUUAACUUUUAAGAAAUAAUUAAGUUUGUAAUCAUAGGUG